GGCCGGGCACUGCCCACACCCAAGAUGGCGGCGGCGGCGCCGGGCGGGAGCGUGGCCGGGCUGUGCCCGCUGCUCCUGCUGCUGCCGCUGCUCCCGGGGCGGGCGGCGGCGCUGCCCGGGAUGCUGCAGCCCCGGGACACCCCCUCCCGCGAGCGCAAGGAGCUCGGCGGCCUCUGGAGCUUCCGCGCCGACUUGUCCCCGGGCAGGGACGCCGGGUUCGCGCAGCGCUGGUACCGGCAGCCGCUCCGGCAGACCGGCCCUGUGAUUGACAUGCCAGUGCCUGCCAGCUUCAACGACCUGACCCAGGACCCCAGUCUGGAGAACUACAUCGGCUGGGUGUGGUAUGAGAAGGAGGUGCUGCUCCCUGCCCGCUGGCUGCAGGACUCCCCCAGCACCAGGGUGGUGCUGCGUUUUGGGAGUGCCCACUACUACUCCAUCGUGUGGGUCAACGGGGUGCAAGUGGUGGAGCAUGAAGGGGGACACCUCCCUUUUGAAGCUGAUAUCAGCAGCAUUGUCCAGGGCAGCCCAGGGACCCUCUGCCGUGUCACUGUUGCGCUCAACAACACCCUGACACCCCACACUCUGCCCCCGGGGUCCAUCCAGUACAUGACUGACAAAACAAGGUAUCCCAAGAACUAUUUUGUGCAGAACACCAGGUUUGAUUUCUUUAAUUAUGCUGGAAUCCAUCGCCCGGUUGUGCUUUACACCACUCCUUCUGCCUACAUAGAUGAUAUUACUGUGACAACUACUUCAUCAGAGCAUGUUGCAAUGGUGCAGUACGAGGUGUCAGUUGUUGGCAGCACAGCCUAUUCCUUGUCCCUGAGUUUACUUGACCAGGAGGGGAAAGUGGUUGCUACAGGAGAUGGGCCAGAGGGAGAGCUCAAAGUCCUGAACCCAAAUCUUUGGUGGCCUUACCUGAUGCAUGAGAACCCUGGAUACCUUUACUCCUUAGAGGUGAAAAUGCAGGCGCAGGUGGAGGGGGCGUUGCUGGAGGACGUGUACACACUCCCGGUCGGCAUCCGCACCGUCCACGUCACCAGCACCCAGUUCCUCAUCAACGGCAGGCCCUUCUACUUCCACGGCGUCAACAAGCACGAGGAUUCAGAUAUCCGUGGCAAAGGCCUUGACUGGGCCUUGAUUAUGAAGGACUUCAACCUGCUGCGCUGGCUGGGGGCAAACUCGUUCCGCACCAGCCACUACCCCUACGCCGAGGAGAUCAUGGACCUGUGCGACGCCUACGGCAUCGUGGUCAUCGACGAGUGCCCGGGGGUGGGCAUCAAACUGCCCGAGAGCUUUGGGAACAAGUCCUUGCAGCACCACCUGGCUGUGAUGGAGGAGCUGAUCCGCAGGGAUAAGAACAGGCCCUCAGUUGUGAUGUGGUCGGUGGCCAACGAGCCGGCCUCGGAGCUGCCCCCAGCAGGCUUCUACUUUAAGACAGUGAUAGCUCACACUAAAGCUCUGGAUCCCUCCAGACCAGUAACCUUUGUGACAGAGGCUAAUUACGCCCUUGACCGUGGUGCUCCCUACGUGGAUGUGAUUUGUGUAAAUAGCUACUUCUCCUGGUACCACGACCCAGGCCAUCUGGAAGUGAUUCCACUACAACUCACAGCACAGUUUGAGAACUGGUAUAAAACCUACCAAAAGCCCAUCAUCCAGAGUGAAUACGGAGCAGACUCGGUUCCUGGACUCCACAGUGAUCCACCCCUCAUGUUCAGUGAGGAGUACCAGAAGGCCAUGCUAAAGGAGUACCAUGCUGUUUUUGACAAGAAGAGGAAGGAAUAUGUGAUUGGGGAGCUCAUAUGGAAUUUUGCUGAUUUCAUGACUAAUCAAGGGACCACACGUGUUUUGGGGAACAAGAAAGGAAUAUUUACCCGCCAGCGACAGCCCAAAGCAGCUGCUUUUGUUCUUAGAGAAAGAUACUGGAAGAUUGCAAAUGAAUCAAGCUGUCUUCCUCCUGUAAUAACAUCACAUGCCCUCUUUUUAAAAUGAAAUCAAAGGGUAUUACGCUGAACUUGUUAUUAAAUUUCUGUUUAAAUAA